GUGAAAACCAGGAAGAGAAUUCGGAAAGCGUGAGCAGCAAACGGAGCACGACGCCAAAAGCACCAGUGCCCAAGUUAAAAAGUGCACAGAAGACUUCUCGAUCAAUGGAGAAGGGCAUUUCGGUGCGCUAUUCGAAACUCCAGGCCGAAUGCGAGGAGAGCUGCGAAAUCUACGAGUCCGAGCGCAGCGAGACUGUGCACGAUGACGAAGCGAGCGUACGAGUGCACCUGUACGCACCCCUAAUUUCAUUUGGAGAAGGAAAUAGAAGAAAAGAAGCUGUUCUUCGAAUAGUGUCCUCUGUCGGACUAUUGACUGUUGCACUAAUUUUUGUAUUUUACAAACUUAAAUGUGGCACUCUGCGGCCUAAUAUGAAUGACAACCAUUACCAUCAGCACUUAGAAAAAUACAAUUGUUCUAACUUAAAAAAUAUCAGUCUUAAUAAUAAGGAUAAAGGACAUAACCAUGAAGAUGGAGGAAGAGAAACGGAUCAUCAGCAUGUUAAAAAUGAAGAAGUGGACAAUGAAGACAAUGAGCAUCAUUCUCAUCAAGGAUUAUAUCACCAUGGUGUAUUAAUUACUGAUUCAGAAAUUUGUACUGGAGUUGGAAAAGAUAUUCUUCAGGCAGGAGGAAAUUCAGUUGAUGUUGGAGUAGCUGUCUUGCUGUGUCUUGGAGUUGUUCAUCCCCAUAUUGCUGGAGCAGGUGGUGGUUUUUCCGCUGUUUUUUAUAACAAGACUACAGGAAUUGCAAAGGCAAUAGAAACUGCUUCGACAAACUCUGUUUUUUCCAGAUUUGGGUUUCCAUUAGUACUUCAAGGAUUAAAACUAAUGCACAAAGAAUUUGGGACCUUAGAAUGGGCACCACUAUUUCACAGUGCUGUAAAACUAUCAGGAGAAGGUUUUCCUGUUGAUGCUAUUCUGGCUAAGGCUUUAGAAGACAGCAAAGAACAUAUACAAAAUUCAGAUUUAUGCCACCUAUUUUGUGAUGAAAACGGUGAAGUCAAAACUGAAAACAGUACAAUUAUUAACAAGAAGCUCUCUGAAUUCUUGCAUAAUGCCAGUACACUAAUGACUGAUAGCUUUUAUUUUCCUGAAACACUCCUGAAAAAAUUAGCAGAAGGACUUCCAAGCUCUGAGGCAACAUUUUUUUUAAAUAAUGUAAAUAAUAGCUUGGCAUUAAUCAAAGAUCCAUAUAUCCUACAAAAUGAGAAAUAUACACUUUUUUUGCAUUCCUCCCAAAACUCAAGAAGGGUAAUAUCAGAAAUGCUAAAGAUAACAAAUGUCCAUAAUAUUUCCAUCCAGUCAACAGUAGACAUCAAAAACAUUGCAUCCUCUUAUGUUAUUUUUUUUAAUUCAGCGGAAGAAAUUUAUAAAUCACUUUUAAAUGACAAUGUUAGUGAUGAACAUUUUACACACAUGGGGCUAAAAACAUUUGGCAGCAAUAUAGGAAUAUUAGACAGAAAUGGCAAUACAUUAGUAAUUACAGCAUCAAUGAACAGUUCAUUUGGCUCUAAAAUCCUGUCAUCAUCAACUGGAAUAAUUUUUAACGAUUUCAUUGAAGUUUCAAAUACUAUUCCAUUGUUUUGGGCUUGUCCUUCUGUAUUACAGGUGCAUAAUACAGAUGAGACUAUAGGCAUGGCAGCAAUUGGUGAUACUUUCGUUCCACUUCUUAUUGCUCAAAUUAUUAUUAAGAAAAUUUAUUUUGAAAAGUCUCCUGAAGAUAUCGUAAGAAGCUCAUUCAUUCAUGUGGAUGUGGAUUUUAACAGAACUUUAACGGAAUAUGUUUCAGGAAUAUCAGAUAAUUCACCCCUUUUUAAAUCUUUAAGAGAAGAUGAAUCACGACCAAAUGUAAAGAUUAAAAAUGAAUCUGAGUUCUCAUUUUUUCUUUUGGAUGCACAUGCAAGUCAUUUUAGUGCCUAUGGAAAUAUAUUGACAUACCCUGAUGGAUACUAAUAGAAAUUAAUUAUGGAUUUUAUCAGCAUAAUGAUAUGAAUGAACUUACAUAUCUGUAGUCUUGCACUGAUUUUUUUAUAUUGGCACUGAUAAGUCUGUAACCUGUAUUUAAUAUGACAAGCAAUAAAGACUUGAGAAUUUC